GCGAAACAUGGCGACAUCAAACAAUCCGCGGAAAUUUAGCGAGAAAAUCGCUUUACAUAAUCAGAAGCAGGCAGAGGAGACCGCAGCAUUCGAGGAAGUGAUGAAAGAUUUGAGUAUUACUCGAGCAGCGAGGUUACAGUUACAGAAGACCCAGUAUUUACAGCUGGGACAAAAUCGUGGGCAGUACUAUGGCGGAUCAUUGCCAAAUGUCAAUCAGAUUGGAAAUGGCACCAUUGACAUGCCUUUUCAGACUCCUUUUCAAGGUUCAGGUGACACGAGCAGAACAACACGGCAUCAUGGAUUGGUUGACAGAGUUUACCGGGACAGAAACCGCAUCACGUCCCCACACGGAAGGCCCCUCGACAAACAUGGACGCCAAAUUGAUAGCUGUCCAUAUGGCUCGGUGUAUCUGUCACCCCCACCCGACACCAGUUGGAGGAGGACUAACUCAGACUCAGCGUUGCAUCAGAGCACUUUGAACCCACAGGACAUUUUCGCAGGAGGCUCACAGGACAUGCAGCCUAAACGAGUGCUUCUGCUUCAUGUACCAGGGCCAGAAGACACAGAAUCAGAUAUGGACAAAGACGAACAAAAACAGAACUGGGAUGGCAAAAAGAAUGCUUUAUCAAGCUCCAAGGUCCCAGGAAUCAACAUAUUUCCGUCUCCGGAUCAGGAUCUGACCGCGUCGCCAAUGCCAUCAGCCAACAACACGGGCGGUGGCUCCCUGCCUGAUCUGACCAACAUCCAGUUCCCCCCUCCGCUGCCCACACCCCUGGACCCCGAAGACUCCACCCUCAGCGCCUCCAACAGCACGGGAAACCUGUCCACCAGCCACUCACACAGUUUCAGCUCCACCAGCCAAGGACAGACCACCUCCCAGCAAGGCAGGCAGGACAACAUGGUCAACCAGGACUCCCACCAGCACCACUCCCUACAGCUCUCCCCCACCCUGUCACCACCACUCACCCUCGCCCAGGCGGAGACCAUAGAUGCCAUGACACUGGAGGCGCAGUUGUCCCAGUAUGCGUUCUUCAGCCAGUCCUCCUCUCAACAGCAGCAGCAACAACAGCAACAGCAACAGACCACUCAGGGACUGACUAGGCAGAUCCAGCUCCCAUCCCCUCUGAACACCUCCUCCAUCCAGACACAGAACUCCAUGGAUAUGAACUCGCACAACUCCAUAUUGGGCAGUGUAUUUGCUGACUUCUAUGACCAGCAACUCACAUCCAGACAGACCAGUGCUCUCUCCCAACAGCUGGAGCAGUUCAACAUGAUCGACAACAAUAGUCUGUACGGCCAGGGCUCAACCCUCAACUACUCCCAAGCAGCCAUGAUGGGUUUGACAGGUAGCCACGGCAACCUGCAAGACUCCCAGCAGCUGGGCUACAGUAGCCAUGGCAACAUCCCCAACAUCAUUCUCACAGCCACGGGAGAGUCUCCACCCAGACUGUCCAAGGGGUUGUCUUGCAGCUCUCUGUCGGCUGACAUCAGCUUCGACGCAGACUCUCAGUUUCCCCUAGAUGAGCUGAAGAUCGACCCGCUGACCCUGGACGGGCUGCACAUGCUCAAUGACCCUGACAUGGUCCUCACUGACCCCGCCACUGAAGACGCCUUUCGGAUGGACCGGCUGUAGAGCUGCUGCCAAAGUCCGGCCUGAGGGGGUGAGGGCUUGUGUCUGUGGGGAGAGGGCUAUUUUUGGGGUGUGGGAGCCCGAGGCGAGGCCCCAGCUGUGAAGUGUGUUCAUCCCGCACUCCCACCUCCCUUCACCAGCUGCCCCUUUCUAAGAGCUAUGGGUUAAUGAGAUAGUAGGUAAAUGAGUUUGUCAAGAAAUUGUCGAUACAGUUUGCUUUCUUUCUUCAGAAUGGGAAAGAUGGAUGGCAAUAUUGUCAUAUCUGGUGGAUAUUGAGCUUAUGGUCAUGCUGUGACUAGUUUGUGCUUACCAUUCAUCCCUUAACUUUUUUUUCUUCUUUCUUUUUUUUUUUUACAUGCCUCCUGCCGGCCUUUCUGUUGGAUGAUUUGUUUUUUGUAAAGAAGAAAAACAGUAGGGGCUACUACAUUGGUCUCACCUCCUAUUUGAAGACAUUAACUGAUUAAAAUCAUCUUUCUUUCACCUGCCAUACUAGAUUAGCAUGUCUUAGCUCAUAUAAUCACCCAUCUGCUUUUUCAGAACCGCCCUCUCAUGGCUAGUCACAUUUCCAUCAAUGCCCUUAACCGCGCUGUCAUUAACUCACACUAGUUGUAUUUAUUGGUGCUCAGUUUUUUGCCCUGAAGUUGACCAGUAUUUUACUUUUGGUUCCCUUCUGAACUUGUCAUUUUAAUUUCAAUCCAUCAAUUUUGUCAGCAUUUCAGGUUUGUACAUGUUUUAGUGCUGGUCAACAUCUAAGCGGUUUCCUUAGUUGAACAACUAGGAGUUUUAACCCUCCCCUUUAGCUUGUGAUUUUCCAGGGCAGCUGAAGUAAAGCCUAAAUUCCAGUUGAACAAACUUGAAAAAUCACUCAAAAUCCUGUUUGUAGAUUUUUCUUAAAGGAUGUCACAGCCUAGGGUCACUUUGGCAAUUUAGGCAUGAAAAUACAUUUCAGUUAUAAUAUGCACCAAUGGUAGCUGGUUUUGAGAUGCAAACAAGAUAAAAAAUGAAAUCUGAACUAAUUACUGUGAGUGAUAAGAUUCUGCCUCAUAAGAUUACAUGAUAUGGAAAGCUAUUAUCUCAACUCUCCAUAAAAAAAUUUAGGUUAUUGUGCAACUUGUUUAGACUCCUAAGCAGUGAAGUGCAAACUAUCAAGCAUCCCCGUUUCUUUUCCGAUGACCUGAAUAAAAUUGGCACUAGUGUGAGAAGAGGACCAAGUUGAACACAACUAGGGGAGGAUUAUCACAACUUAUGUUGUUAUCCUCUGCUUUUCACUUGUUACCAUUUAGCUUUUCAUAUUUGAGGUGGUACUGUAUUUCCCUUGUCAGCCAAAUUGAAAUGGACAGAAAGAGCCGAGGUAUCAUAUGUCUGAUGCCCUUGUAGUUGCUACUUGUGAAUUUGAUGUUCUACAGUGGCUUGCUAAAUUAUUCACCCCUUUUGUAUUUUUCCUAUUUUGUUGCCUUACAACCUGGAAUUAAA